CCUCAUUAAUCGCGCCGAAAUUGAGCUCUAUACUAUGUGUGAAAUUGCUCAUAUCCAACUUCCACUCAGUCUUGAUCAAGUACCGCUUUUCAUCUCGCAAUUGAACAGAGUUAUCGAUGUCAUUACUUGUUUCCAGAGUGUAGUAAAUGGCGAUACCCACAAUUAUGUCCAAAAUCCUGUGACACUAACUGAUCACACUAUGCACCAGAUCACUGACACCAAAAGCUCAAACAAACGAAAGGCAAUCUUUAGUCAUUAUAGCCAUUAAUUAUCAUCAUCCUCUUGUCCAUUGUAUGAAUAUAUCCUUUUCAGUUGCAG